AUGUGGGGUCUACUAUUCGUUUCCUCCCUUCUCGUGACCUUCACGGUGUUGCCGAUUCAACAGUGCUAUGGCCAGUUUACACUCGAACAGAUGCGGAUAGUGUCAACCAGGACGAAUGAAUCACACUUCGACAGUCUCCUCAAAAAUAUCCUAAAGCCCCGAAUCGUUGGAACGGCCACCCACAGCGAAGUUAAGCGAAGUAUUGUAAAAGAGCUGAAAUCUCUGGGUUUUACCGUCGAAUUAGAUGAGUUCAACCAAAAGGCACCCCACUUCGGGAUGCUUAAGUUCACCAACAUUAUUGGCAAGCUCAACCCGAACGCCGAUAAGUAUCUCGCUUUGGCCUGCCACUACGAUAGCAAGUACUUCCGGGAGCACGCUUUCGUGGGUGCGGUUGACUCUGCUGUUCCUUGCGCGAUAAUGCUGAACCUUGCGAAAACCACAAAUUCGGCACUGAAACUCCUGCAGAACAACACCGACCUCAGCCUGAUGCUGCUGUUCUUCGACGGCGAAGAAGCGUUCCGGAAGUGGUCCGCCACAGACUCUCUGUACGGCUCAAGACACUUGGCCACCAAAUGGACCACAGCCCCGUACGUCUCAAAGACACUUGGGAAAUCGAUGCGCGAAAUCGACCGUGUGCAACUGCUUGUGCUGCUGGAUUUAAUCGGUAGCGAGAAUCCAAGGUUUUAUAAUUUCUUUCCCAACACUCGGAAUUACCAUAGACGGUUGAGUAAAAUCGAAAGCAGUUUGCGACAAAAUAAGCUGCUCGUGAAAGACCCCAAGAGUGAUACCAUGUUUCCAGAUCAAACGCUUUACAGCCGCAUUGAAGACGAUCAUCUUCCUUUUUUGAAAAGAAAUAUCCCGGUGCUGCAUUUGAUCCCAGUUCCAUUUCCAAAGUAUUGGCACAAACCUGAAGACAACGAAGCGAACCUUAAUCGGGCAACGAUUAAGAACGUAAAUGCCAUUUUGCGAAUAUUUAUGUUGGAACAUUUAACAUUUUGCAACAGUAAAUAUGGACGGUCAGUGCAAAAUUGCUUAUAAGGAUCGAGACUUACUCAAGAUUUGAUCUCUGGCAGUAUGUAGAAUCAAAGUUUUAAAACAGACACUUAAUUUAAUUUUAAAUAUUAUUUUAAAUGGGGAUAUACUCAUUCCAACUGUUUGUUGUCGAUUAGGAUUAAAAGUGUAUGGCUUUACAAAGUGCAAAACUGUCACGAGAUAGUGUUAUCCAGUUUUAUUUUAAGUUGAACCUUAUUAUUAUAUCGUUAA